GACGAUAGCUCUCCAGGAGCAGGGCCGGAGACCCCUGCGACCAGUUUCAUGAGUUUGCUGGUAUCUAUUUGUUAAAAACUAGUGCUGCACGAUUAAUCGCAAUCGCGAUGUCAGCCUGUGCAAUUAUACAACCGCAAAAGGCUGCGAUUUAAUUAAAUAAUAAAAUGUGCGUGUGUGAAUGGCUGUUUGUGCGCAAUCUGCAUAUCUACGCCCAUAAUUAAGAACUGACCAAUCACUGUUUAGGCAGUGACGCGUGUACUGUCUACGGUCACAUGACUAUCUGGUGCGUUGUGCGCAGACCAGAAAGAAAGGGGAAAAUGGAUACCGAUGACACCGAGCGGGUUAACGCUGAAGAACUGGUGGGGGAAAAAUGCGACCUCUUUUGUGGCGAUAUUUUGGAUUCAAGCUCAGCGACAUUGAGCAGAAAGAGGUAUUGUGUAAAACAUGCAAAAUGAAAGUCGCUACAUGUCGUGACAAUACACAUUUGUAUUAUUUGUAUAUGUAUAACAUUUUUUGUUAUAUCGCAAUCGCAAUACUGUCCACAAUAAUCGCAAUAUGACUUUUUCCACCAAAUCGUGCAGCACUAUUAAAAGCCAUGUAAGGGUUAAAAACAUGCUAGGCUUGUUCUUGGUAUUUUGUGAUGUUGGCAUAGCAGGGUAAACACACCUGCAGAUAAUAUUAAUAAUUGCUCUGAUUUUUCUUUUUUCUUCAGGUGUAUCAGCACACCUAUCAGCAUUGACAGGCAGACAGACAGAGCCAGCAGUAACAAUUGUCAAGUAUUGGCAAUGCUGGUUCUUUGGCAAACCUAAAUCAAAACCAUUAUACAUCUUUUUGAAAACAUGAAGCUGACAGUAGACUCACGUGUAUCUUAAUAUGUUCAGUUUAAAAAAAAGUCACCAAUUUCCUGUUAACUUAAAAUGACUUUAUUUUGAACUUACUCAAAUACGUUUUCCUUGAUAAAUCUGCGCCGGUUUCUGGAAGGACAGCUGCCGCUAUGGAGCUGCUUCUUGCUUUCAAGAGUUAAAAUGUACUGGUGGUUGGGAUGUGCUGUAAAAGGUUGUUCCAAAUCAAAUCGGAUUUUGCUCCCAUUGAAAACAUUUUGGAUAAGCAUAUAACAAGUUGAUUAUAGUGUGAGCUUCCCAUUUUCGAAAAGAUUUUUUUAAGGCUUACCCAUUGGACCGUGUUAAACCAAGUGAAAUUGUUAAGCAAAGUGGCAAGUUUCUUUAUGACUGAAGUGACCAUCCAUCUAUCAAUCCAUUAUCCAAACCCCUUGUCCUGCUCUCAGGGGCUUGGGGAUGCUGGAGUCUAUUCCAGCAGUCAUUGGGCAGUUAAGUUUUUAUCUUUCGAUUCUAAAUGAUACCCUACAAUGUUUUCAUUAAGGUUUAGGUUGAAGAAUAGUGUACCUAUCCUUUAAGCUGGCUAGUAGAUCUGGAAAAGAAGAUCCAAAGAAAGUUAUUUGCACUGCCUUUGAAGGCUUAAUAAUUGUAUUUUAACUUUGCCUGCAAGAUGAAGUCUGUAGAAUAUGAGGUAGAUGUUUAUUUGCCAUCGUGCUGAUGACUAAGAAUUGUGUUUCUGUUCUGUCAGUUGCAACCCAGUAUCCAGGGGGGGAGCAGGGAUUUUAAGUGUGGGGGUUCUAGGGGUGGUACAUGAGCACCGCAACACCCCCCCCCCAUCUUUGGCUCCCAUUCCAGUCUCCACAACAUGCCAAAUCGAAAUGAAUGUCAUGCGUUUCUACAUUUUCUUCACCACAAUAUGCAAAUAAUAUUGCGUUCAAAAUGUACAUUGUAGCACCACGCCCUUCUCCCCCAAUUCUAUAGUCACCAGCAUUCAGAUACCCUAUUGUUAAGCAGCAUUAGCUUUCUGUUUCCUUCCAAAGCAAAGUCAUAGCAAGCCCAUCUCACUGUAACUCCUUAUGUGACUGUUUGACUUGAAAAGGGAGUCAAACUUCUUCUGCCUUUAACUGUUUUCUAAUUUCCCUGUAUCUUGCGUAACAAAAACAACAAUGAGAAUGUUGAACAGUGUCAAACUCAUUGGAUGUCACUAGCAAACUAUCACUAACGCUAGCACAUACUUUCAAGCUAGCCAAAAUGGAUCUGCUACUUAGCUUACUAAUUAGCAGCUUGCUGAGACAAGAGACAUUGUAAACCAAGAGUGCAAGACAUGUCCCCCAAAGAGGGGUGUAUUAUGAUUUUAACUUGCUUUCUGCCUAAAUAAUGUCAGCUACCAUUAGCUUGCAUUACGUUUGUUUUCCACCUGGCUUGUAUUUGGAAUGAUUGAGCUAGAACAACAACUAGGAUAGCCUAUCUAAAUUUAUGUUCAGUGACUAGUGUUAGCUGGCGCAUCACAUAACAAAACAAAGUUACAAAAGAAAACUUCACAUUACUAACUAGUUAAAUACCCCUGAUCUAUUAUUCCCUAAUCUGUUAUCAAUGCCAGUGGCGAGUGACAAAAGCUGCGUUUUCUGAACGCACGCACGUAAAUUUACCAUACUGAACUGUUUUCUCUCCCCUGGCCUGGUGGGUUGGUCAAAUGGCUGUGAUGGGCUGGAUGGCCGUUCAUUUGUUUUCAUGUAUUGGAAACUGUUGUUUCGUUUCAUUAAUGACUAUCCCAGAAAAAAGUACACCUCAUGCAGGGCACUGAUUUAUUUUGAUGUGGAAAAGACUGAAUGUAAUGUUUGGUAAACAUUUAGCCCUGUAGUGCUGUUAAGAUGGCUGAGCUCUUGCUAUGACACAUGUUCAGAGCUCAUGGUACACUGUGACUCUAGAGAUUCUCUUAAAAUCGUGGUCUCAUUCAGCUUUACAUCUUAGUGACGUUUUGCAGGGUGGAUGUCACGCUGCCUUUUUUGAGACUGACCCUGGAAGUCUUUUCUACUAAAUAGGCAGAGUGACGGAGAGCAUACUACCAAAACAUGUCAGGAGGUCCAGCCCAAGAGCAGAAUUAAUGUUUCCUAUGCUCACGAAGUUGAUGAUGCGUAAUCAUCUCCCUGAAACAGAGAAGGCAGGCAAUAUUUCCAUGAAUAUCCGUUGUGGAUUUUCAUGUUUUCAGUGUGAGGAACAUUAGUAAUGAGCAAAAUGUGUGAUGCAAAUCUGUUGCUGGUCAUUAAAGAAAGUUGAGUCUGACUGCAGGUAUCCCCACCCUUAUAAACAAUACAGGGGCAUAAAGACCGAAACCAACGAUCCCUUUCAUAUGCAAAUAUAGUUACGCUGGCCAUGUGCGCUAUUCACAGACGAUUGGGGAAUAGUUGCAAUCACAGCACUGUAAGAUGGUGACAGAUGUACUAUGUACUCUUAGCCCCCCCACCCCGUUCAGUGAUAAGAAUACAUGUGUCACCGUUUUACAAUGCUGUGAUUGCAAACAUUCCCCAAUCCUCUGAGUAGUACAAAUGGCCAUUGUAGCUCUAGUUUAUUGUCACGCUAUUUGCAUAUGAAACGGAUCGUUGGUUUCGGUCUUUAUGCCCCUGUAUUGUUUAUAAGGGUGGGGAUACCUGCAGUCAGUUUAGACUUAAGAGGUCACUUAGAUGAGUGAUGAAACGUUUCUGUCAAUAAACGUUGUGUCCAGGUGAACUGACUCAAAGUUGAUUUUACCUGGAUCAUUGCGCAUGCAUAAAGACAUGUUGCUGGUCAUGUUCAUUACAAAAUUGCCCAUUUCCGCUGCUUCUAAACUUUACCCAGAGGUCAUGACCUUAAGUAUAUUUUUGAUGUAAAGCCUUCUGUUAAAUUACUAAAUUGUGAUUCAGCUAUUACCGCAUUAAGCAUAAAUGUGCGUUACUUCACAUAGCAGAAAACGGCGAGGUAGACUGGCAGCAAUACAUCCACCCACCACGCAGAGAUGUCGAAGUAUUCUGCACCCAUAAAUACAGACCGUCUUCACGCGGAAGACAUUUUCUUUUAUCGAUAUAGGAAAAAAAUCAGAAUCAUGUUUAUUGGUUAUGCAGGUUUGCACUACAUGUAAUUUGACUCCGGUUUCUUGGCUCUCUUGUGUACUUGACAUAGAAUAACACAACGAUCUUCAGAUGUCCUCGACUGCUGGUAUAAAAAUCUUUCUCGAUGAUAUUCCUUUUAAAUCCCCCAUGCGUUCCCUGAAUUAAAUCAAAUGAAAAAAGAAGUUUGGUGGGGGUCGUCCUUCUAUUGUGAACCACGAAGCGAGGCGCUUCGCACAUGCGCCUUGCACAGUCACAUUUGGCCUCGAGGGGGGCGUCGUGAAAGCGGAAUGCCCCUGUCGACGUCACUCUGCAGUACGUAAACAAAGCAAGAUCCCGCCCUUUCCCGGUCGCCAUCUUCUCGCCAGACUGCACAAAAAGGUGCGGAAGGAUCGCCAAACCAAAUAUAUCUGGUUCACUUCGCAGUGGUUUUAUUCCCCCCCUCCCUCACACAAUGAGUGACUUUGAGGACGGACCUUACGAGGGACGGGAGUCCCGCUCCCCUUCUAAAUCGGACCGUGGGAGUCCAGCUCGGGUCAAGUCGGAGAGUAGGUCUGGCUCCCUGAGUCCAUCCCAGGCCUCCAAACGCUCUGAGUCCAGAUCCCAUUCUCGUUCUAAAUCCAGGUCACACUCUCGGCGGCACUCCAACCACCGCUACAGCCGCUCUCGCUCCCGCUCUCACCGUAGGAAGUCCCACUCCCGCUCCUACAGCCCUGACUACCGCCGGCGGAGAAGCCAAAGUACGUCUCCAAUGUCCAACCGCCGCCGUCACACUGGCAGCAGGAGCCGUGACUUCAGAAAAGAAACAAACAGUCAUGGCAGUGGUGCUGAUACUAGGGCAAAUCCCGACCCCAGCACCUGCCUAGGGGUGUUUGGCCUGAGCCUGUACACUACAGAGCGCGAUUUGAAAGAGGUCUUCUCUCGCUACGGCCCUCUGGCUGGGGUCAAUGUGGUCUACGACCAGCGUACCGGUCGCUCCCGUGGCUUUGCAUUUGUUUAUUUUGAGAGGAUUGACGAUUCCAAAGAGGCAAUGGAGAGAGCCAAUGGCAUGGAGCUAGACGGGAGGCGCAUCAGAGUGGAUUAUUCCAUUACAAAGCGACCCCACACCCCCACACCAGGAAUCUACAUGGGUCGACCAACACACAACGGUGGUGGUGGUGGUGGAGGUGGUGGUGGUGGCGGCAGCAGCAGUGGAGGCAGGAGAGGCAGAGACUCGUAUUAUGACCGUGGCUGCGACCGCGGUUACGACAGAUACGAUGAGUACGACUACAGGUACAGCAUUCGUUUUUCUUUUGUCUCUGCAGUCGCAGACGCUCUCCAUCCCCCUACUACAGUCGAUACAGGUCUCGCUCACGGUCCCGCUCCUACAGUCCACGACGAUAUUAAGCUGCUUCUUUCAACACUUGGACUCCGAUGAUUCGUCACUGCUGUCGGACUCAUCAGCAUUUGUUUUGAGGGGCAAUUUUGAGGCAUUUUUAAGAUGGCUCAAAUCUACAUUAAUAAGUCAGAACUCUCUAACGUUUGAGGUCGUCUUUUGUUUACAUGCUUUUGGUGUGUUAAAAUCUUUUCCCAAGCAUCCAUUUUCAGUGUGGGCAAAGCACAGAACAACCAAUGGUGACGUUGGGCAUUUUCUUUUUUGUUUUGUUUUGGGGUUUUUUUAGUUUCCCAAGGCCCAAACCCUCGUUCCAUCAAUCUUUCUUCCUUUUGCAUAAGCAAUGAUUUAUAUUUAGGGAUAAUGGUAAUAUUUUUUUCGACCUAUUCUGUUAACCUCUGAUAAAAUUUGUUAUAAGGAAGAAAGAAAUCAUGUACAGGGUUUGUUAUUUUAUUUUUCAGGAAAUUGAUCUAAAGGAUUGGCGGUAUUUACAGCUGUCGUUGUGCAAGGAAAUGGAAGAAAAAAAAAACCCCACAUUUUUAAAAAUGUAAUUAAAGGUAUUUGUUACCAGCUGAACUGAUCAACGUAUCUAGAUCAAGGCUGUAACAUGAAGUCUAAUUUAAAGAUCAACAGUUGGGUCCUUGUCCACAUUGUAAGUCCAUUUUUUUUUUUUCAGUUUAAGUCAACAUUUGAGUACCUCUAGAGAUUCUUAUUUUCGUGUAUUUUAUGUUGCUUCUUUGUAUUAAAAAAAGAAAAAGACAGCU